UUCUUUGCUGGUCGAUUCAAAGUGUGGAAACCAAGAUCAUGAAGAAUCAAUUAGCUGGAGCGCUCGGCGCUCCCUGUUUUAUCUACCGAACGCUCCCAUUGAAGUAUACCGAAGAUGUUGUAAGUAUAUAAAUUUUCAGUACUCUGGCACAGGGUAUAUCGGAGCGCUGGCAGUGCUGGCACGGCCGCCGGAGAAUCGUCGGAGCAGCGCCGCGCGAAUGCGCGAUCUCAAUCGACAGACGGAAACCGUUCGAGAAGCACCUCGAGAAGGCUAGUUGUGUCGUGUAUUGUGUGCCGAGAGCGUCAUGGACGCGAGCGGUGCGCGUGUCGGGGGAUGCGAUUCGCUCGUGUAGGAUCGUCCGCCAACGCUCCUGAAACGCCCGAGUUCGCGCGCCGAGGGUUUCGGUCGAGGGUAUGCCUCGCGACAACGUGCCUGGCGCGACGAGAUGAUACCCCAACGCUCCACGCGACUCGCCGGAAUUCACCUCGGGAUAGGGAUCGCGUAACGUGCGCGCGGACAACGGGCUGACUCGACCGCGCGCGGGGCGAGAUGAGCAAGAUGUCUUGGCUCGGAUGGUCGGCGGACAUCAAGAAGCGGGCCUGCAGGUACCUGCUGCAGCGUUAUCUCGGCCAGUUCCUCGAGGAGCUCACGCUGGAUCAACUGACCGUCGAUCUCUACAAUGGCACGGGACGAGUCAUCAAUGUCAGCCUCGACGUGCAAGCGCUCAACGAGAUGGGGGAGCAACAACAUCUCCCAUUGGAAUUCGUUGACGGCUUCAUAAUGGAGAUAUCCCUUAGUGUACCAUGGUCGACGUUGCUCACUCAAGCGAGUUACGUGGAAGUAAAGGGUCUCAGGCUCACGGUACAACCGCGACAAAGAGUCGAAACUGGAACUUCGAUGUUCGAAUCUAUGUGGAGUUCCAUGACAUCCAGCAUGCAACUCGCUCAGGAGUGUCUGCAGCAAGACGCGGCCAAUGCGGGGAACGCUCAACCCUUAGAGGCGGUGGAAAUGUUUGCACAGACUAUAGAUUCGAUUUUGUCUAGGAUUAAAGUGAGAUUUAUCGAUACUGUGAUACGCUUGGAGCACGUACCUUUGAACUCUUCCACGGGGGUAGCGGUCGAGGUGUGGAUACAAAAUCUGGAAUAUUCCGACGAGGCGGGAUUGGAUCCCAGUAAUACGUCGCUGGACCCCGACGAAUCCGCGAAGGCGUACAUCAUUUCGGCGUUCUCCACUAAGCGAUUUUACAUGGAGGGAGUGACUUUUCACACCGACGAAUUUCCCUCGCGCGCAAGAACGUUUUCCAGAAGUAUGCUGGCCAGUACGUGCUCUACUCCCGAUUCUAAGCAGAACUCGGACAGUCUGUUCAUCUCCGCACAAAUGUCUCCUACGCAGAGCAUUCUGCAUACACCGCCAGACGGAAAUGCUGUUAACAACUCGAACGAAUCAAGUCCCAUCGUGUUUGCUAAGCUAGCAGGUAGACAAGAAGUGAGAUUAAAAAUGAAACAAGGAGAGGGAAUAUCGGGACCAAAGGUAGAACUGGAAAUUACUCUAGGAUCGCUUACUUUGUUCCUGAGUCCUAGGCAGCUUCACGUUUUAUUAGAAUUAGCGCAUGGCCUAGCAUCUCCAGAUCUAGAAGACGUCAGUAAUGUUGUUCCGAGGAGAUACACGGAGAAGCCUAUGGCUAGCAGCGAUUUUAAUCGUAUAGAACGCGAGCUUAUACAUCAGACACAUCCUAUGCAAGAUUUGAAAACUACAGAUCUACGAUACGCUCAAGGAUGGUCCACUGGAUCCGUGGACGAGUCUGAUAACGAGGACGAAUUUCUACCAAUGAAAUUGCCGGGCGGCUCUUCGUCGAUGUGCGAUUCGAUCACAAGCAAUAAUUUCAGUAUGGAGGGCAGCAUAUCGGCCAGCAGCAUCAGUUCGAAAAGUUCGGCAACAAAUCUGCCGAGACACAAUAGACACAGACAUAACAUAGACAACGACACAUCCGCCGAGACUACCCAAUUUCACAUAAGGAUAUCUUCCGUCGCUCUAGUUCUGUUGCACGAAGAUAUACUGACGCCGUGCGUGGAGCAACUCGGUCUAACUUCUAGCAGUGUAAGACAGAUGAAAAACGCGGCAAAGGAGUUUUUCAGGCAAUUAGGAGCAUUUGCUAUGGGCGGUUACGGAAGUAAAGAUUUUGAUACGGCGUCAAAAUCACUCACAGAGGCUUGUCGACUUAGUCAUAUUAGAUUACUAGCUGCACCACUAGUAGUCGAGGGCAGUGAAAAGACUACUAAUCAGCACUCCGCGUUAUCAGGAAGCUUGACCUUAGCUAGUUUGGAAAUUGUAGAGUGUCUGGUUGACUCCAACAACCCUAGCUCGUAUAGGACACCAUCGAUGGAAUUCGUCGAGCUAUUAGCGUUUACAAAAGAGAAUACGACUAAUAUCGGAUUUUCCAAUAAAACUGACUUCAGAAUGAGAUUUAAAUAUACGCAAAAGGCUGUUCGACAUACUCACAUGACGAAAUUUGCACAUCCACGCACGGACUUCGACAUUCAAAUGGAACCCUGCAGAGGCGAAGUAGAUAUUACUAUUGUAGACAGAAUAUCUGCUAUCCUUAAUCCGCAGCCGAUAUGUACUUACAAUCCUGUAAUAAAUGCUAGAGAUGCUAACCAACAGACAUUAUUUGAUCAAGCUGUGGACAGUACGACACUGCCAGAUUCUAGAAUAGACGUUAAAAUCUCUUCAUCAUCGUGUACGAUUAAAUUAAGAUUUCCUGUGCCAGAUUUAAGACCACUGCACGAUAUGAGUCGUGCGCCAUGGUGGAAGAGAUCUGUGAGAUCUGAUUAUAUGAUAGUGCAAAUGACAGACGCACAAGUUCAUUCCACCAUGGACAGUCGAUCUCCUUGUUUAGCUAGGCAUGAACUGCAAUGUCGGCGGCUAUCGUUGUUGUACAUAGAAACCGAGGGCGACACGCCAAUCGAAAUCGGUUUAGCCACAGCCGACGAGAAGAACGACGCCGCGUCGUAUCAGCAAGUCAACGAUGAUCUCGGUUGGGCGAGAGUGGUAAUCAUUGUAUAUCCAGAACGUCUUGGUGCUCCGUUGGAAGAUAGUUCUGAAGAGGAAAUGGAGAAUGAUAAACGGAUUUUGGACGACACCUUGGAAAAAACUCCAAAACAUGCGCCUUCCCCGUUCACCUCUAGACGAAUCAUGCGCGAAUCCGACACGGUUCAUUCGAAAUCUCACGAACGCGGUCAGAAGAACGAACAAAGUGACGGUGAGGAGCUAAUUAUACCUGGUAAUCGACAAGAAAUGUUGGAAUUUAUCGAAGAAGGCAUACAUGGCUCGAGAUUACAAUUGGAAAUCAAUUUACCUUGUGCUUCCGUCCAGAUACCAUCUAAACGCAUUUACGAGCAGCUCUACAAUCGAUUCAACACCGACUUGUUCUUGUGGGAACCGUCAGCGCCGAGACCCAAAUAUACCACUCAUAUGGAAAAUCAUAUUGGUCUCGACUUGGCAUCUACCCUCUUGCAGGAGUCUACAUAUCCCAAAUUCAGCAUGUGCAAAAGUGGGAUACAAUACAAUUCCGACUCCGAUUCGGACGAAGAGGGUAUAUUCCAUUCUGCAACGAAUGAGAAAGGUCACAAGGAGGCGCGAAUGUCAUCGAAGAGAGCACAGAGCAAGCUGGCGAUGACUCUGAGCAUCAGUCAGGGUCUCCUGUCUAUGUACACUCCUGUGCGCGACUCUAUGCGCAACGUCAUACCCGGUCAACAGGGAGAAUUGAUCAUACGGCUGGAGGACGCCACGAUAUUUUCCGUGACCGCGUACAAGGGGAACGUUAAUCUGAGCUACGCCUGCGCUAUGAUGAGAAGCGUGUCGUUGGAUCACUGCGGCCUGACAACAAGCCCGUCGCAGACACCGCCGUUGAGAUGUAUCAACAGCGUUAGGCCGCGAUACUGCGAGAGGACGAUAUAUCGCAGCGCGUCCGGUAGUAGUGUAGCGGCGAGUCCUAGUGACAAGGACAUGGUGACGGUCGCGGUGAGAAUACAAGCGGCACAUCAGACGCAUCGUAUAAAGACUUUCCGAGUCGCGAUAGGCAUAAGCAACGCCACACUGAGGCACCGAAUGUGUUCCACCGCUACCUCGUGGUUCACGGAACUUAUGGAUUGCCUAGACGUGACGGAUCAUCCUGUCGCCGGUUACACACCGCCGGGCAUCCUCACCGAGCUGCAUCUGCAUCUGUGGGACUGCGCGAUCGAUUACAGGCCGCUUCACCUGCCGCUGCGGUCCGUCGUGACCCUCGGUAAUUUUAGCGUGUCGAGCAACAUCACGGCCCAGACCAACACGUCGACGUUGCGCUUCAUCGCGGAGGACGUCGCGCUCUUUAUAUCGGACAAGCUGCGCGAGAAAUCGGUAGAUCUAAAGCGGGACUACGUGUGCGUGAUGAAUUUCGGCCUGUUCGAGUUGUCGCUGCGUCUGAACGAGAGGAUGUACGGUGGCGUGCCGCGGGUCGAUCUACGGGCGAGCAACAACGUGUUGCAUGUGCGCACGUGCUCGGACUCCGGCCGCGCUCUCAUGCAGCUGCUCACUUACAUCGCCAACGACGGUGAUUUGCAUCAGCCGAGUAGCGCGAUCAACAGCAGCACCGAGAGCAUACCCAUCGUGCCGCCGCCGACGUCCACGAAGUUCGAGGAGAAUCUUCUGGGCGUCGAGAGCAUCAACACGCUCAGCAGGAGUCAGGUCGAGCGAGUCUACAGUCUGAUGGAGGACGCGUUGGAGGAAACUGUGAAGGGGGGGACGACGACCCACAAUCAGAGUGGCAACGAAAGUGAGAAGAUACCAAUGACCGAGAAUCGGGUUGAGUUUUUCUUUCCUGACGAUUCGUGUGCUGCCACGCGAGAGGCAGAAGCGCGAAAAAGUUCGCAGGAGUGCGGCAAAACGAUCGCGUGUAACGCCGAGGAUGACGACGACGAUGACGAAUUUUGUAUCUUGGGAGAGGAGGCUGGUACGGGAAUAAUACCACGCUACGGAGUACCUGAGAUUCGAUCGUUGUGCCAAGAGCCGUUGAGGAUAGUGGACAAUCACUUUUCCGUGCCGGUCGGCAAAACCGACCUGCUGCAGACUCCACCGAAUUACCCCGCGCCUGUAUUGAAGUACACCCUCUGCGAAAUGACGUUAAUAUGGCACAUGUACGGCGGCAAUGAUUUCGACAGUUCUCAACCGCAAUCCGCGAAGCACGUGACCAUCAGUGACGUUCGCAACAAUAUCGCGCAUGGAAGAAGUAGAUCAGCCAUAGGUGCAGUAGGCUUCAACAAGUCUAGUCCGAACGAAGUGCACUUCGGCAGCGUGCCGAACUCGCCGCGCGCAACGAGAAGCAACGAAUCGUUGAUCGAUUGGCACACAUUAGGCGGCCCGGGUCGGCGGCACGACGUGCUGAUGGAAUUGCAAUUGAGCAAGGUGCGCUUUCAGCACGAGGUCUAUCCGGAGAACACCCGGGAGGCGUCCAGGCAGGUGCUACUGGUGCACGAGAUUGAAGUGAGGGAUAGACUGGCGUCGUCGCACAUAAACAAAUUCCUUUAUCAAUACAGCAGCGAAGCGAGACCAAGGCAGUCUCACUCUAUUAUGUUUACCAUGAAGGCAGUUCACGUAAGGCCGGAUCCCAGAUUAAGUGCCCAAGAAUGUUGUUUGAAACUUAGUCUACUGCCACUGCGACUGAACAUAGACCAAGAUAGCCUACUGUUCUUAAUACAAUUUUUUAACGAACUAGGCGGUGGAUCGAAGCGAAGCCAAGAAAGCUCUAGCACACCUAAUAGCUCGCAAUCCACCCCCGUAUCGAAACAAGGAACACCCACGCAUCAUCCGCCCAUUAUGAGCGUGAAUGAUGAUGCGUUGACGAAUGACGCGAUGAUGAAUAUGUCGCAGAAUAAUAUCAUUGAUCAGAAUCUGUUGAUACUCUUGGAAGACGAGCUGACGUUCAGGGAGAACAAGAUCAAAGCGAAGACUAUCCGUCAUGUCCACGACGACAGUCAGCCGAUAUACUUUAGGAACAUUGUAUUCGGUCCGGAGGUUCUCAUCAGAUUGGAUUACCACGGGAAACGCGUGGAUUUCACUCACGGGCCAUUGGCGGGCUUGCUAAUGGGUUUGGCGGAACUGAACUGUUCUGAAUUAAGACUGAAGAGAUUAUCGUACAGGCACGGAUUGUUGGGUUACGAUAAACUUUUUACAUAUCUAGUUUCGGAAUGGUUGCAGGAUAUCAAGAAGAAUCAACUCCCGAGUUUACUUGGCGGUGUGGGCCCGAUGUACUCUGUAGUACAGCUGUUUCAAGGAAUACGCGAUCUAUUUUGGUUACCAAUUGAACAGUAUCAGAGGGAUGGGAGAAUUGUCCGUGGGUUACAGCGCGGAGCAAACAGUUUUACAACGUGUACCGCAAUGGCUGCGUUAGAACUGACAUGUAGAAUAGUGCAGGCGUUACAGACCACGGCCGAGACCGCGUACGACAUAGUUAGCCCUGGCCCCAGCGUGAGAUGUAAGAAUAAAGGACAGAAGGGUCGACGAAAGAGAUACAGUCAGCCGCUGGAUAUCCGCGAGGGGGUGGCUAACGCUUACACAUUAGUCAAAGAGGGUUUAGGCGAGACUGCAACUCAACUGGUUCGCGUGGCGAGCGAAGAACACGAGCACAAGGGCACUGUCGGUGCGGUCGGCGGAGUAUUGCGACAAAUUCCACCGACGGUCGUGAAACCGAUUAUUCUGGCCACCGAGGCGACCAGCAACGUGUUGGGCGGCAUGCGAUCGUCGCUAGUGCCCGAUGCGCGCCGAGAGGCGGUACAAAAGUGGCGGCAAGAUUCCGACGCCUGUUAAAACCUCCCGUCGAACGCGCGGAAAAUGGGAAAAUUGCUAGAUCGUUAUCGGAUAUCGUCAGUCAAUUUCGCUCAAGCAACGCUUUUCGAUCGCGGCCGAUCGCGGCCGAGCCACUUUUUUUAUUGUAACAUAUUCAUGACAUAUAUAUAUAUAUAUACACACACAUUACGGAAAGAGAAUGCUAAGUAGGCUAAGAGUGCCAUACGUUUGCGUUACGUUUGGCGAUAUUGUGAUUAUAACGAUUAUUCGCUCACUAGAUCGAUCGUGAAUUAUUGUCGCUCGAUCUGUGCGAGUCUGUUAUUAGGCCUCGAAGAGAGACGUGGAUCGUCGAUAAGGGAGAGACGAGACACCGCGAGAGGAGAGCCGCCGCCGCCGCCUCUCCUUGGAUCCUAAUUACGAGUGCUAUACAAUGUUGACGUAGUCAGAGAUCGGUUCCAUUGAUUUUUUUUUUGUACAUUACGAGUGUGCGACGCAUCUCUCUCUCUCUCUCUCUGGCAUCGGACAUCUAAUGAUAAAAUCUUAGUCUAAGAGUUGCCGCGCUAAUUUCGUUACAACUGUACAAAAUACUUGUUACACUUAUAGAUUGUAAUAGCUACGUUCUAUCGCGCGAAGGAAUAUAUUAUGCCGCUUCUAUAUUCCUUCUCUAUAUAUUUUUUUCUUCUGAUCAUGUGUUUUAUACCAAUGAUAUGUGUAUCCGAAGGGUUUUUAUUAAUAAAAUUAUACACAGUAAACGAAAAAAAAA